AUGACUGCAAAGUGUCGGCUAGAUGUGAUAAUCGUGGGGGCCGGGAUGGGAGGCUUAGGGACGGCACUGGCUCUAAGGCAGGCGGGACAUCAAGUCACAGUUUUGGAACAGGCACCUGAGUUUGUAGAGGUCGGAGCCGGAGUCCAAGUCCCACCAAACGCGUCCAGAGAGUUGAUUCGAUGGGGGCUCGGCGACCAGAUGGAAGCAGUCUGUUCCAAGCCCUCACGCAUCAACUAUCGCAACUGGCGCACUGGGAAGCCUGAAGGUUUCACGGACAUGUCGACUCAUAAGGAGCGGUAUGGUGCGCCUUACUGGCAGGUAUACCGCCCAGACUAUCAUUCCGUCCUCCUAAGGGCAGCAGACAGAUCUGGUGCCAAUCUCCGUAAAGGAGCGACGGUGGUGGAGUAUAAGGUGGAUGAGGGUGCAGUCGUGCUGGACUCUGGUGAAGUGGUUCGCGGGGAUCUCGUCAUCGCUGCCGACGGCGUGAAGAGCAUCGCUAGACAGGCUAUGGGGCUCAACGUGGAGCCGCAUGAGACGGGCGACACAUGCUUCCGGGUUGUGAUACCAGGUGAAUUGUUGCGGAAAGAUCCUGAGUUGGCGCCGCUAAGUCAGGACCCCAACUUUGAGCAAUUCUUGGGCCCGGACCACCACAUCAUUGGAUACAACAUGCAAAAGGAGAAGACCUUCAAUCUGCUCAUGGUCAUUCCAGACGACCGCCAGAUGAAGGGAUAUAAAGCGCCGGCGAAGGGGUCUGAAGUCAGAACUGCUUAUAAAGGCUGGUCUUCUAUGACUCAGAAACUUCUCUCUUUUCUACCCGAGGAUGUAGAAAAAUGGCGGCUGAUAGACCUCCCAACCAUCACGAACUGGGUACACCCGAGUGGUAAAAUGGUCGUCAUUGGCGAUGCGGCACACGCAACACUGCCGUAUCUGGCUCAAGGAGCAGCGAUGGCCAUCGAAGAUGCCGUUGUCCUGGGAUCGGUGCUGUCCCACAUCAAGUCAAAGGACGAGCUGCCCCGACUACUGGAGUUCUUUUACAGGGUGAGGGUCGGUCGUGCCCAUGCCAUCCAGCGAGGUAGCUUCACAAACAGGUUCUUCAUCCAUAUGAAAGACGAGGAGCCGCUGGAGAUGAGACGUGGCGUAUUCGAGUAUGGGGAUUAUCCCAGCAGUCCGAACCUGAUGGGCAACACUAUAUUCCAGGAUUGGCUGUAUGGCUAUGAUGCUGCGGCAGAUGCGGCCAAGAAAUGGGAGCAAGAGAUGGCGGGCUCAUCUUCACGGUUGUAG